AUGGAGACCAAAGUGGAAAAGAGGGAACAGUGGAGGAAGAAAAGGGAAUAUAUUCUGGCAGCAGCAGGCAAUGUGGUGGGCUUGGGCAAUGUGUGGAGAUUCCCCUACCUUUGCUAUAAGAAUGGUGGAGGUGCCUUCCUAUUUCCUUAUUUUUUCUUUGCUUUGUUGUGUGGUAUGCCGCUCUUCCUGCUGGAGACUGUGAUUGGUCAGUACACACAGGAGGGCGCCAUCACCUGCUGGACCAAGCUCUGCCCACUAGCACAGGGAACUGGCUAUUCUAUCAUAGUAAUCCAGCUGUAUUCCAGACUCUACAGCAUUAUCCUGGCCUGGGCCCUCCUCUACCUCAUCUGGUGUUUUAGAGACCCUCUGCCCUGGGCUAACUGCAACAAUCCCUGGAACACAGAUGGAUGUGUCGACGUCAUCUCUGCAAACUGGACUGCAAUACACAGUGGCAACCUGACAAUAAAUUUGACAUCUGGAAAUCUCACCAAGUCUUCAGUCUCUGAGUUCUGGGAGAGAGGAGUGCUGUCCAUCACUGGGGGAAUAGAGGAGGUUGGCACAGUAAAAUGGGAGCUGCUGCUGUGUCUCCUGGCCUGCUGGGUGGCUUGCUACUUCUGCAUCUGGAAAGGAGUCCGCUCCACAGGAAAGGUGGUGUAUUUCACAGCUGUGUUCCCCUAUGUGACGCUGGCCAUUCUACUGGUCAGGGGGUUGACGCUGCCGGGAGCCUGGCAGGGUGUUGUCUACUACCUGUACCCAGAUCCUUCUCACUUGGUAAACCUUCAGGUGUGGAUGGAAGCUUGUGCUCAGGUCCUCUUCUCCUAUGGUGUUGCAUCAGGGACCAUUAUCACACUAGGCAGCUACAACAAAGUCAAGAACAACUGUUACAAGGACAGUCUGUGGUUGUGUGUGCUCAACAGUAGCACCAGCUUUGUUUCCGGCUUUGCAGUCUUCUCAGCUCUGGGAUUCAUGGCCCAUAAACAAGGAAUUCCCAUUAGCAUGGUUGUCGAAUCGGGCCCUGGGUUGGCGUUCAUCGCAUUUCCUCAGGCUGUAGCCAUGAUGCCCCUGCCUCAGUUUUGGGCCGCCUGCUUUUUCAUCAUGCUCAUUCUACUGGGGCUGGACACGCUGUUUGCAGGUUUGGAAACUAUCACAUCAUCUGUGAUUGACAUGUUUCCAACACAGAUGCGCAGACCCUGGCGCAGAGAAAUCUUCCUCAUCCUUUUCUGCUCUGUCUGCUUCAUCAUACAGAUCCCUCUCACAACUCAGGGAGGAGUCUAUCUGUUCCAGCUGGUUGAUUACUAUGGUGCUAAUGGAGCAUGUAUAUUAUUUGUGUCUCUGUUCCAAUGUGUGGCUGUUGGGUGGGCCUUUGGGGCCGAACGGACAUUUGAUGCAGUUGAAGAUAUGACAGGACAGAGGCCCUGGGUUUUUUUCAAACUGUGCUGGCGUUACUUCACCCCUCUGAUCUGCAUUGUUGGCUUCAUCUGCUCCUUUCUGGACUAUCAGCCCCUGACAUCCAACAGGGGCUAUGUGUACCCAGACUGGGCCUACCAUCUGGGCUGGGCCAUGGCCCUGUCCUCUAUAGUUGCAGUACCCAUCUGGGCUAUUGCCAGGAUCUGCCUCACCAAGGGCACCCUCAGACAGCGUCUGUUGGUCCUGUGGUAUCCUGUUAGUGACCCUGUUGGUCCCAAGACAAAGAAAGAAAAUCUCCUAAACGAAGCAGAGAUGAAACCAAUGUCAACCCCUUUCCCAGACAUGUUAUGAGUCAGUAUGAGCAUUUUUGAAAGGCAGCCAAAAGAAAAGGAUAUUGCAUAAGACACCCUGUGAAAGUGUUGUGCACAAGACUAUCAAAAUAUGCUUACAUAACAUCCUUAUAUAAUAUCUUUACGUAAUCGUUCUUUACAUAUGAUGUAUGAGCAUGAUAUAGCAGUAUGAUAUAGGUGUGGUAUGUGAGUACUAUGUAUAUGUAACAUUAUGUAAUUAUGAGUUAUCAUUUAUUUUUAUCUGUGAUAGGAAUUCAUUCUAUAGAAUAUGGAAGACUGUGAACUUUUCUAUUAUGAUUUUGUGGUAUGUGUUAGUGUGUUCUUUCUAGCAUGGGGGUUUUCCAUAGGUCUGAUAUAUGUGAGGCUGAGUUCUUCCAGAUAUCGGCCAUAAAUCUGUCAUGGGUUACUAUCAGCUAAACCGAUUGGACAGGGGUUUCUUU